CUUGAGUUUGGUUGUGAACACAAGGGGCGUGGUUGUGCUCUGUUGUGACGUCCAAUACCAUCACUAUCAACAUGGAGACGAAAAGUGCGAUUGUCCUCAUCGCUGCGUCUGUCAUUCUACUGUUUGCUCUGCCCGUUCUACAAAUUCUGGCAUUUGCCCUGCUCAUCUUCAUCAUUGGAACUGUUGUCAUGACAUUGAUACAAGAUGGUGACCCCCUGCUUAUGUUUUACGAGCAGUUUGGUUCAAGCGGAUCACAUUUGAGAGGCAAGGUUGCGUGGGUGACUGGAGCAUCAAGUGGCAUAGGAGAAGCUCUCUGCUAUGAAUUAGCAAAAAAGGGUGUCAAGUUAAUUCUAUCAGCUCGAAGAGCGAAGGAGCUGCUACGAGUUAAAGAACGAUGUGUAGAAGAGUUUGGUCUCAGAGAUGAUGAUGUGCUCGUCUUACCACUUGAUGUUCUUGACUAUGAGUCUCACCCAGGAUGCGCCCAAAAGGCACUGGACCAUUUCCACAAGGUUGACAUCCUGGUAAACAACGCAGGGCGAUCACAGCGAGCUCUCGCUGUGGAUACCAGCCUGGAAGUAGACAGGGCCCUUAUGGAUGUAGACUUUAUAGGUCAAGUCUCAGUAACCAAGGCCAUUCUGCCUCAUAUGAUGUCUUCCAAUCAAGGUCACAUCGUUAACAUCAGCAGUGUCACCGGCAAAUUACCCACAGAAAUGUCUGCAACUUACUCAGCAUCUAAACAUGCUCUCCAUGGUUAUUUUGGAGCACUUGCAUAUGAAAACUCGGCUUUGACUGUCACCAAUGUCUGUCCUGGUCCAAUCGUGAGCAAUAUCAUUGAGAACUGCUUUGGAAACAAUCUUCAACAACCCAAGUUUAAAGAAACCACAUUCAAAGCUGAACGUAAUUCAAGCAUGAUGAUGUCGACAGAGCGCUGUGGUUUCCUGAUUGCUGUUGCCAUUGCAAACAACUUAUCCGAGGUGUGGAUCUGCAAAGGUCUUGUUCUAUUGUUGAUGCAGAUGUAUCAGUGGUGUCCUCUUAUGACUAGAUGGUUGAAGGAAAAAGUGUAUGCUGAUAAGAGAAUCCGAGAAUUCAAGAAAAGUCAGGAACAAUCUCUCGAAGGAUAACCCAGCAACCACCAACUAUCCUGGACCAGCCAGCCUGGUACACACAGAGCCUGCCACCACAGAGCAACGAUCAUUCUCCCUGCAUUGCUUUGACCAUUACAGAGUACAUGAACAAAAAGUAAGUUGCAGAAUUUUUUCAGAAGUAUCAAAAUUUGUUUCAUUUAAAAGAUUUAUAUGAGCCAAUCUGUAUUCAACUUUUUUUAAAUUAGACUCUACUCUGUAUAAAUUUGAAGACGUGAAGAUGGAAAAUGAUAAAAACCACUCCCUGUAUAUAAUCAAAAUAACAUGCAACUUACCCUGAUUGCCCAAUAAAGAAAGUUGAUAUUUAAAAUUUAGAAAUUUGAAAUAAUUCUGAAGGUUUAAUUUUAUCAAGAAGUGUAUCAUACGCUAUACACUAUGUACUUUUCCAAUGCAUUACUGGGAAAGUGGGUUUAAAGCCCAACAACUCCAAAAACACAUCAAACAGGACCCACAAAUUUGAGGGACUUUUUUUAAGCUCGUUGAUUUGACACAGAAUAACCGACAUCCAAAUUGACAAAGUGUGCAAAUGUAGAAGUACCUUUCAACGUUUAAUAUUUACAAUCAAACUCACAUAUAAAUAUACUUUUGUACGUAAAGAGAAAGGAAAUAUACACAUGAUUUUUAUACUUUUGAAAAAAUUAGGCACUUCUAAACAAAAAUGCUUUAAAAAUGACUCAAGAAAACCAAAACUCUCUCGCCAAAACUCUCUCUCAGCUCCCUUGGGAGUAUACAGCCCUGAGCUGCCUGCAAGGCGCUUGUGGCUUUUUCAUACACAAUAUC